AAUCAUGUCGAUGGGAAUAUCUACGGAAAGUUCGGAUAUUAAUCCGGACGAUGUGUUGAAGAUUCUGGUGGCCAGUGACAUACAUCUGGGGUAUGAGGAGAAGAAUCCACAGCGAGGGGAAGACAGCUUCUUGGCGUUUGAGGAGGUUUUGCAGCACGCGGUGGAUAACGAUGUGGAUGCUAUUCUGCUCGGUGGCGAUUUGUUUCACAUUGCUAAUCCUUCCACGAACACGCUAAACCGAUGCCUGCGGCUACUGAAAACGUACACGCUCGGAGACAAACCGAUCCAGCUGCAGGUCCUGCGGGAGGAGAAUUUAUCGUUGGCCGAUACGCUUAACAGUGCGCUGAAUUACGAGGACCCAAAUAUCAAUGUAGCUAUUCCGGUGUUCUCUAUCCACGGUAAUCACGAUGAUACGACCGGUUUUGGGCACAUCAGCGCGAUGGAACUGUUGGGCACAAACGGAUUGGUGAAUUAUUUCGGCAAGUGGAACGAUUUGAACAACGUAGUCAUCAAGCCAAUUAUGCUGAAGAAGGGAGAAACAAAGUUGGCGCUGUAUGGGCUUAGCCACAUCGCAGAUGGUCGGUUGAGCCGACUUUUCGACGAAUCGAAAGUGUUCUUGGAGAGACCGGACGAUCCCGGAUGGUUCAAUAUGCUGGUGCUUCAUCAGAACCGGGCCGAUCGAGGGUAUAAGAAGUAUCUGCCAGAGAACCUGCUGCCAAAGUUCCUUAAUCUGGUCAUCUGGGGCCACGAGCACGAUUGCCGUAUACAGCCGGAACAGAACGCACUGCAUGAGUUUUUUGUAAGCCAGCCGGGUUCCACGGUGGCCACCUCCCUGUCGGAGGGUGAAUCCAUCCAGAAGUGCUGCGCGCUUCUCAGCAUUCACAAGGAUCUGUUUCGCAUGGAUCCGAUUCCGCUGCAGUCUGUUCGGCCGUUCGAGUUCGAAACCGUCGAUCUGUCCACGAAGAUCGAUGAGCUCAAUCUGGGGUUCGGUGAUGUGCAGGAGAAGGUUAUGAACUUUGCGACAGAACGCGUUGAAGCGAUGAUUGAGCGUUCGAAGGCCAAACUUACCGGUUACGAGCGACAACCGACGCGUCCAUUGAUACGGCUUCGGUUGAUAGUAUCGGAAGUAGAGCAAGAGUUCAAUCCGAUCCGAUUCGGGCAGCAGUACACGGAGCGAGUGGCCAAUCCGCUCGAUAUGAUUCUGUUCCAGAAGAAGCUCUAUCGGACGAAGAACGAUUCCGUCAAGCUGGACAGCAAGGCCUUCGAAGAAGUAUACAAACGAAAACAAAACGUUACCCGGCCGGAAGAUGUGGUCGAUCAGUAUUUUGCCGAGGCGGCCGAAGCCAACCAGUUGGAGGUUUUAUGUCCUCGUAGCAUGAAAGAACUGUGUCGCCGAGUGGUCGACCACGACGAUGAUGAUGCGGCCGACAAGAUCCUCAAGUUCUACCAGAGCAAAGUGUUUGAUUUCCUAAUGGCCUCCGAUUCACUGAUAGAGGAUAACGUGGACGAAGUGUUAUCGGGAUUCCAUGAGAAAGAGGACGAAAUGUAUCAGGAUAUGUUGGCUAUGCUGGAUUCGCGCGCGCAGAGAUCAUCCGAUCCUAUGCACCGACUCCAUCCCAACAAGAAGACUGUUGAUCCGGAGGAGGAAGAGGAGGACGAUGACGAUGGUAGCGUUAGUGCCAAGAGAAACACCACCAAAACGGCCCGUGGUGCUGCCAAAGCAGACCGUGGAGCCAGAGGACGGGGAGCUACUGCAACUAAAACUACACGCGCUACAUCACGCGCUGCAUCGAAGGUGGCCGUGACGGUCCCGAGUACGGCUAGGUCUCAAUCCUCGAUUGCUUCUAUGUUUAGCCAACAGUCCUCGAGCAAUAACACCAUGACAACCGUUGCUAGCCGAUCCUCGAAACGAAAUGCUCCAGCAGCACGAGGCCGACGCGUCCAGUAUGACUCGGAUGCGUCCGAUUGAGAGAAGAUUGUUGUUAUGUAUUUUCUCAUUGUAAUAUUUAGUUCUAAUUCG